UAAAUACAUAACAAUCAAUAAUGACAUCUAUAAAAGCAGUUUUAAUUAUUAGAGUAGCCGAUCAUUAAUUGCUCUUUUCUAAAUCAUAUAACAAGAAGAACGUAAAAUAAAAUUUGAAAAUAUUUAGAUUGAUUAAGAUUAUCAAAUAAUUUUAGAACAUAUGUCAUAAAUAAACCCAAGAGCAGAAGAAAGAGUUACUCUCAAAACUGCUAAUGGAGUUUGGAGAUAUAAACUUGAUGAUAACAAAAUAGCUUAUGCGUGUAUCUAUUCUUUUCUACAUUAGUACUUUCUACUGAAAGUUAUCCUGAUAGAUAAAUUCAUGCAAUGAUUAGAGUAAAAUAUAUUCUUAAUUUUAAGGAAAUUGAAAAAGAAUUAAAAAAAAUGCCUGAGUAUUUUGAUUCUUAACCAAAUGAUGUUGAAAAAUAUGCUAAAAUAUGGAUGAAGUAAUUACAUGAGAAAUAUGAUAAUCUUGCUGGAGUUGAUAAAGUAUAAUAUUUAUAUACAAAUAAUAAGGUAUAUGCAGCUUAAUAGAAUGUGGAAUAAGUACAAAUAGUUAUGGAAGAAAAUAUACAUAAAAUGAUAAAUAAUGGUUAACAACUUGAUGUAAUAAUUUAAAAAAAAUCUACUUAUAGAAUUUAGAUGAAAAAGCAGAAUAAAUGAGAGUUUAAUCAAAACAAUUUCAUCAACAAUCACAUGAACUUGCUAAAAUCAUGUAUUGGAGGAACAUGAAACUUAAAAUUCUUAUUGGUCUAAUUGUUUUAGCCGUACUCCUUUAUAUUAUUGUCCCAUUAGCUAUAAAUGCUUCAAAUUGA